UUGAGAAGCCCCGCCCUUCCCGCAGGCUUUCCUUGUUGCUCAACUCCGUUGUUGGAAGAGAGCUGAACGGAUCACCGACCUGCUCCAGGACGCGGGUCACGGAGGAACGGGGUCGCACAGGUCAACAGAUUGAAUCCAGCACUCACAAUGGCAGACAGUGGAAAGACGGCAGAGGGCGGAGCUGAGGCCACACAACCGGCCAAUGGAGACCACGAGACCGUCGUCUCCCGGGUCACCAACUUGACCCUGGUCAGCUCGGCAUGCGAGGUGGUCUCCAGCGCCUACAGCAGCACCAAAGACAGCGUGCCGCUGCUGAAGGGAGUGAUGGAUGCGGCCGAGUCCGGGGUCCGAACCCUGGGGGCCGCCGCCGCGGUGGGCUCCAAGCCUAUCAUGGACAUGAUUGAACCGCAGCUGGCCACGGUGAACGAGUUCGCCCUGAAGGGUCUGGAUAAGAUGGAGGAAAAACUACCAAUUCUGCACCAACCAGCAGACAAGGUGGUGUCGGAGACCGUGGGAAAGGUGUACCAGUCUCUAGCGGGAGCCGUGAUGGGGGGUGUGGAGCUGACCCGGGCGGCGGUCAGCGGGGGCUUCAGCUCGGUCAUGAGCUCCAGGAUGGGCCAGAUGGUCAGCAGCGGGAUGGGCCUGGCCCUGAGCCGCUCUGAGGACUGGGUGGACCACAACCUGCCGCUCACAGAGAGAGAGCUGGCUGCUGUUGCUGAACCUACCGGCACCGAGGUGGCGACAUCUUCAGACAGCCCCAGCUACUUUGUCCGUUUGGGGAAACUCUCCGCCAAAGUUCAGGAGCGAGCGCUGGAGAGUUCCCUGAUCCGUGCACAGCGAGCGCGGGACGCAACCUACGCCGCCGUGGCUCAGAUCACCAGCACCCUGGACCUGGUGGAGAGCGCCCGUGCCGGUCUGGGUGCGGCAGGUAACCAAAUCGGAGAAGCCUCUGAGCAGCUGCUGCAGCACUGGAAGGAGUGGAAGCAGCAGAAGCAGGAAAGUGCGCAGUCGGAAGCAGACGGGAGCACCGGAGGUGCGCAGUCGGAAGCAGACGGGAGCACCGGAGGUGCGCAGUCGGAGGCAGACGGGAGCACCGGACGCACGCCAUCGGAGACAGACACACAGGAAUCUGAGCAGCUUGAAUGGCGGGCCCUCUCCAUGGUACAGGACUUAAGUCAGCAGCUGAGGUCGGCGUGCUCCAGCGUGGUGUCAAGUGCCCAGGGUCUGCCGGCCGCAGUGCAGGAACAGCUGACCAACGCACGGCAAGCUGCCGACGAGCUGCAGUCCUCUCUGGGGGGGGCGUCCAACAUCACUCCUGUCCUGUUAGAGCGAAGCCGUCAUCAGCUGACACAAGUCCAGAACUCCCUGGAUGGUGUCAUGGAGUACCUUCUGCAUAACACGCCACUCAAUUGGCUGGUUGGACCGUUUGUUGCUCAGAGGGGUGAGGAGGAGCCCGCAGAUGUGGCGAUGGAGCAGAUGACCCCCCGAAAGUGAAGACCUCCAAUGCUUAUCAGCGGCUGUGGGGAUGGAGACGCACUGUUUACUGUAGAUUGAGCCAUUUUUGAAGAUAAGAAGUGUCUAUUAAAAAAACUAAAUGUUUUGUCAUACUCUUAUUUUUUAAUGUGAGAUUCUUGACUACAUUUCUAUUCAGAAAAAAAAACAGAGUUUAAAUAGAAGUCCUUAUUUUUUCCUUUGGAAGUCUUGAUUUUGCUUGUGAAUGUAAUUCUAUGUAAGGUGCUGUUUCCUUUAAAACAUCACUGUGCAGCUUCAGAUGAAUAAAAAAGCAGACAAAUGUAA